GUAUCAUAAGAAUGACACAAUUCUUACUGUCAAAUCUGUGUUCUAUUUUUUUAAUGUCUCAAUUGUAAUUUGUUAAUGUCUACUAGAAAGAAUGUGGCGAAAAUGUCCACAACAACCAAAACAACCAAAAAGGUGCCUUCUACAACAUCCACAACUUCAUCAAAGGUUAGAGAAAAUAGCAAAGACAGGAAGAAGAAAAUGGAACUGCAAUCAUCGGAAAAGAGCAAGUUAAAAACAAGCGUACGACCGAAAAUUUCGGAAAAAAUAGUUAAACCAAGCGAAUCAAAAUCAAAACCAGACGUCAAGUCAACAAUGCCGAAAAAACGAAAACCAGAAGUGCCUGAAACGCCGUCUAGUAGUAGAGUAGCUACUUCUCAGUUUUUUCCUUCAAAGAACAUGUACUCUAACGCUCUUAAAUCUAAAGAACCUGCUAAAAAAGUUACGGAACCAACUGUAAAGAAAGUAUCCAAAACCAUUGAAAGUUCAAAACCAACGAAGACUGUCGAAAAAAGAAGUCAAGACAAACCUAGUGGAAGAUUGGUCAAACCCGCGCAUUCCAAUAUCGUUAACAGUACAGUUUCUGAUAAUAGAUCGUCAGAGUAUCCUUCACUGGAAGAAAAUAAAUCUGUAUAUACAUCACCAGAUUCAAGCACGAUAUCUGAACGACCAAAGACUGCCACUUUAAGAAAGGGAAGUAUUGUCAAUACUAAUAUCGUCGGCCCUGAUGUACCUCAAGUUCGGAUAGAUACGAUUAAAGAAAAGAUGACGAAAUUAAAAUCGCUCAGUCCGAAAUCUGAGACUUCGGAAGAAGAUAAAUACGAAGAUGAUUUUGAAUCAUACGAAUCAGAUUUUGAAGUAUAUUCAUCUUCGAGUUCGACCAACUUAGACAACAUUUCUGUAGAAGACACCAGCAGUAGCUCGUCAACGACGAGUUUAGAAGAAUUCAAGACCAAAGAAACCGGUUCUGGUCAAAGAAGAGUGCAGUCUACAGGUAGCGAUGAAGAGCGAAAACAUGAUUCAGGUCAUUUUGAAAUGGCUGACUUUAAACAUAGACAGAUUUUGGAUAAUAUAAAAGAAUCUAUAGAAAAAGAAAAUACAAAUUUAGUUUUAGCCAACAACAACAACCCCGCUUCUUUAUCAGACGAGGGUUUCGAGGAACAAAAAUCUCUACAAUUUAUAAACUUCUUAGAUGCAAAGAAAAAGUACGAACGUAGAAAAAGUAUAGAAACCAAACGAAAACGAGGAAAAGAAAUUCUUAGCAUGAUAAGACUAGAUUCUUGUAAUUUUACCUUAUUUGAGUUAGCUCCUGUUCCUUAUGAAACCUUCAUAAAGAAUUAUGGAAGAGGAAAUACGAUUCAAGUUUUCUGUCAAACGGGAGAUGACGACGUAGACGAAGAGGUUCAAACCGACGAUAUUGGUUAUAGGACGAAGUGGACUCAAGAACCUUCUGCAUUCACAAAUUUUGAUCAGUCUAUUCCCAAUUUUUGGGAAGUUUACAAAAGUGAAUUUUUGGGCGUCGGUAGUGAUGAUAUUGUCUCACGUAAUACAGAUAAAACAACUAUCAAUGAAAACUCUUUAAAUAGGUUCAUUUUGUCAGCUGGGGAACUGAUGUUAAGAAUCCAAGAAGAAUCUGUAACAAAUGUCAAUAGUUCUCUGCAGAAAGAUAAGAACUCGUCACCAUUUAGCGAUGGUUACUAUAAAUUUAAUACAAGCGAAGAUAUUUUUGCAGGCAGUGAAGUAUCUUCUGUAUAUUUUUCCUGUGAUAUUAGUAAUAGGUUGGUCACAGUCCAUACAAAGAAGCGGACAAGUGUGGUAGCCCUCUGGAAUGUUUUUAACUGUAAUGAAGCAGAGGUUAUAUUAAGACCUUAUGGUAUUGUAAGCUGUUGUUCUUUGGGAGUUAGACACUCUGAGCUAAUUUUUAUGGGCAUAGAUGAUGGCACCAUUUUGGUAUGGGAUAUAAGGCGCAAAAUAUUCAGUAAGUCCAAUGUAGAAAUAAGUGUACCUCUUUUUUGUACUGACAUCAAUUCUGGUCACCUGACCAAGAUUGUAGCCUUACAUCAUCUGGAUAUGUCAUCCGAGGAAAAUACUUACAAGAAUCAAGCUAAUGAGCUCUGUAGCUUGGAUGAAGAUGGCGAAAUAAUUCUAUGGACAGUUAUAAAAAAGCAAUUGGAGGAAAACAAGUCUGAAAAUAACCUCGAAGUAGUUCUAGUAAAAAAUACUAACAUAUCUUUGAAGAUUUUACAUCCCAAUUUACCGGAUUUGCAAUGUACUGAUUUUAUCACUAGUCACCAAAACACGAAUUACCUUUUUAUAUCUACUAAUUAUGGUUUUAUAAUUCACCAUCUUGUGAAAGGGGGAAGAAGUAAUGUAAGGAAAUUUCUUCCAGGUUCACAGUCAAUAGCAAAAUGUUUAGGAAGUUGUCCUUUUUCGUCUGAAUAUUUUCUCGCUGGCUACGAGAACGGCAACAUUAACAUUUAUUCAAGAUCAUCAGAAAAACCGUUAAUGACUUUAUCAGAUAAAGACAACAGCAUUCAAUACUGCCCUAUCGAUUUGAUCCAGUGGUCUAAGAAUAAACCUGUAGUGUUUUACACCAAGGAUGCCAAAAAUAGAAUAAAUAUUUGGGAUUUAAAUGAAAGUGAUAUGUUUCCAGUUUUUUCUAUUCCAUUUCAGGAAGAAAUCUCUUGCAUGAAGCUAUCUCCUGUGUGUGAAGAUAUAGAAAAUGGAAAAUCUUAUUUGGCAAUAGGGACAAAGACUGGUUCACUAUAUCUUCACCAACUAAAUGAAGAGCACGGUCAACAAAAUAGCCAGGUGUAUGAGAAGAGUGUAAAGACAUUUUUAAAUUACGUUAAUAGGUUAUAACAGUUACGUUAAUGAAAUGUUGAGAUAUUUGUUAAGGUUUGGUAAAGAUUGUUUGAGUUUAAAAAUAUAUAGUUCAUAUCU